CCGUAGUGAUACAUUGGAUUCGGGGGCAGUCCCUGCGGGGAACCAGAAGCUCCCAGUCUGUCCGCCUGCCCGCCUGUCCGUCCGUCCCGCCCCUCACCACUCCCGGACCCCCGAGACCCCGGUGCCUGGGGCCCGUCACCCUCCUGAGCGGGGAGGAUCGACAGACCCACCACCAGAGAGCAGCGAGGACGAGGAGCAUCCCUCCCCCCAGCUCGUGUGAACUCACGGCCCCUGCACACCCUAGACACAGACUAGGCUGGGCCAUGGGGAAAGGAAGCAGCAAGCUGGCCCCCGAGGUGUUGGAGGACCUUGUACAGAGCACGGAGUUCAGCGAGCAGGAGCUGAAGCAGUGGUACAAAGGCUUCCUGAAGGACUGUCCCAGUGGCAUCCUCAACCUGGAGGAAUUUCAGCAGCUCUAUGUCAAGUUUUUCCCAUAUGGUGAUGCCUCUAAGUUUGCCCAGCAUGCCUUCCGCACCUUUGACAAGAAUGGAGACGGGACCAUCGACUUCCGGGAGUUCAUCUGUGCCCUGUCGGUCACCUCUCGAGGCAGCUUCGAGCAGAAACUCAACUGGGCCUUUGAGAUGUAUGACCUGGAUGGGGACGGACGUAUCACCCGCCUGGAGAUGCUGGAGAUCAUUGAGGCUAUCUACAAGAUGGUAGGAACGGUCAUCAUGAUGCGCAUGAACCAGGAUGGGCUGACCCCUCAGCAACGUGUGGACAAGAUCUUCACCAAGAUGGAUCAGGAUAAGGACGACCAGAUCACCCUGGAGGAGUUCAAGGAGGCUGCCAAGAGUGACCCAUCCAUUGUGCUUCUGCUGCAAUGUGACAUGCAGAAGUAGGGGGAGCCCUGCCCCGGGGCUUGCCCCUGCCCAGGGCCUUCCACGGUCCUAAACACUUCUGUCCAGGGCAUCCCUGUGUCCUACCCUGGGCCCCCCCCAUCCCCAGGGCCUCCAGGGUCCUAAUCCCUUCUGUCCAGGGUCUCCCUGUGUCCUGCCCUGGGCCUCCCCAUCCCCAGAGCUUCCCAGGGUCCUAACCCUUUCUGUCCAGGGCAUCCUUCUGUCCUUUUCUUCCCUCCCCUCUCCUCCCUCUCCUCAGAGCCACCCAGUUUCCAGCCCUCCUCUGCCCUGGAUCUUCUCCCCAAGUCUUCCAAUGUUCCACACUUUUCUGCCCCAGGUUUCUCCCACCUCAGGGGCUCUCCAACUCCCCCUCCCUAGGGCCUCAGCCCACCUCUGCCCUCCCUCUCCCCAGGGUUUUCUAGUGCUCCAUCCCUCUUUGCCCCAGGUAUCCCUCAACCCCUUGGCCUUGGCUGUGGUUCACCCUGCCCCUUCCAUGGGCUCCCCUCAUCCCAGGGUCUUCCAGGGGCCCAGCUGUCUUAGCCCUGGAUCCCCUCCCUGUGUCACUCCUUCCUCCAACCCUACAGUUUUGCCCCUGGUUCCCCCUCCUCUCCUGUUGAACUUACUGGCAGAGCUUAGGGGCAGGCCUUGAGGAGGGGGGUAUCCCUAGCCCCAGAUCCAUCACAUGCUGACCCAAUACUCUAUUACUGGGUCCCUGGCCAGUUUUUUUCCCGGGGCGAUGUCCCUGUUCCUAGGGACUCCCUGGGCCCCCUAAGCCCAGUAAGGGAAUUCCUCCUGGAAGCACUUUGGCAUAAUACAAAGAGCCCUAUAUUCAGAGUCAGAGGACCCAGGUUUGAGCCCUGGCUCUGCUCCUUCCUGGUUAUGUGACCUUAGGCGAGUCACUUCGUCACUCUGAGCCUCAGUUUUCCCAUCUGUAAAAUGAGGGGGUUGGACUAGAUGAUUGCUAAGGGACUUUUAGCUCCAAAUCUCACCAGCCUAUGAAUCUCCAUCAGUGCUUCCUUCCCCAUGCCCUCCCCCUGCCCAGUCCAUGACAGACACCCAAAUCCCAUCCCAAGAGAAUCCACUCACUCCUCCAAACCCACUGCAGGUGGGGAAAAGAUAAGGGGACAGCUGGGCCUAUCCUGAGCAUCUGUUCCCACUUCCAUGACACUUGCCUUUCCCUUCCUGAGGCAAGUCUCUUUGGAGAUCUUUCCAGGCCUUCAUUGGGCUGGGGCUGGACCCUCUAAAGGGAGUGAAUUCCACCCUGAUGAAUGCUGGGAAGAGCAGUUGGUACGGGUCCCUGGUGCCCCCAUCUUUUUUUUUUUUUUUACAUUUUAAUAUUUUGGGCAGUUGUGCCUAAGAGCAGAUGACUCUGAAAGCUCAGUUUCCCAGAUGGAGGUGACCCCCCUGAUCUUCCCCCUCAAGGUCCUGCUACUCCUCAAAGGCAACAGAGUCUUUGGGCCCAGACCUUCCUUAAUGGGGUCCUCUCUGGCUCUAGGCCCAAGGGGUGGAUUAUUUGUUUAAAGGAAGAAGUGAGUGGAGGGACAGAGCCUCGAGGGGUCAUGGUAGGUAUGAACAGUCACAGCUGAAUCUCAGGUGGAGGAGUUGUCCUAUUCAUGGUCAUUUGCUGGCCAAGAAAGUCACAUUCAGUGAUAAUUAGAAAUGUAGACAGCAAGUUGAAGGGAGGAAAUCACCGAAAACACCCCUCUCUUAAGUUAAAAAGCUGAGGCUGUGUGGAAGUUGAUCCCCUAUGGGUGAAUAUGCUGAUCAGUGGGCAUUUUUGUUGCAAGAGAAGGGAGCCUGAGCUGCUGUUGCUGGACGAGAGGAGGUGUGGUCUGGAUGCCCUGGCUUCUGAGAGGCUCGUGGGAACAUCACUUAAUUCAAUUCAACAAAGGUUCAAGGAAAGAAGGAUAAAAUAAUGCAAGAGUCCCUGACCUUAAGUAGCUUUCAUUCUGUUGGGGGCCUACUGUGCUGGACUCGAGAAGGGGCUAGAUACAAGAAAUAAUGCCAAGUAAUUUCAUGAGGGAGAGAGGCAAUAGAUUUAUAUUGAGGGAGAGAGGGAGAGGAAAGAGAAACAAAGAGAAGAGAGAGAGAGGAAAAGUGGGGGAAAGAGAAAAGAGAAAA